GGGUGCUUGUUGAGAAAAGGAACUGGAGUUAUGGGAGUAGUGUGAUUCUUCGACGUCCGAUAAAGAUAACGGAUCCGAUGGUGGUAGUAGCGAUCCCAUUAUGGAAUUGGAAGCUUCUCUGUCAUGGCUUGAUGGAGGAUGAGGUGGGGGAGAUCGAACCUCCAUCGAGGAUCCGGUGUAUGAAGUACAAAUUAGGGAAGGCAUAUGAAGUGUGCCGUUUCACUUACUCAACAAAAGAAGCCCCCGAUUUUACCAUUCUACCCUCCAGGUAG